CCACGACGCAGAGCGACGCGCGAUCAGCUCGCAAGACGCGGCGUGUCGCAGGGCCGCCGCCGCGAAAUGCUGAGCAAAAGUUCCUGACCGUAAGUGUAUGAAGAGAGCCCUGCCUGCUGGGCUCCACGCAGCUGCAUAGGGCAUAAGGCUGGGCCCCUCGACUGGCCAGUUGUUGUGGCCGUGCUUUGUGUCUUCUGCCGAUGUGGAAGUUCCGCGACCUGGCAGACCGCCUCGUUUCGGACGGGCUCGUCCAGUCGCACCGCGACUUCUGGACCCCCGAGGACCCUCCCGCCAUGGUGCUCUCGCCCCCUCGAGGGGCAGGGUGGCAAGAGGACAGUCAGACAGGCCGCAUGCGGCCCAAUCCCAGCGGCUUCACUGCUCGCCUCCUCGCCGGGAGCCGCCCGUCUGCCGUCGUUGCGUGCCGUGGUUGUGCAUCCCUGGCCAGAAGCCAGCAGCAUUUUCACUGCCUCUUGGCGCUCUGGACCUCAGGGGGGCGGGGCCCCCGUGGCCCUCCCGACGACUGGCUCCUGCUCGCGCACGACGCCGAGUACUGCCGCGGCUUCCUCGAGGGCACCCUCGACGCUGCGAGGUGGCGGCGCAUCGGCUUCACGCAGUGCUCGGACUACGGCGCCCUGGUGCGGCGCACGCGCCUCGAGGUCGCGGGCACGGUGCUGGCCGCGCGCCUGGCGCUGCAGCGCGGACUCGCUUGCCACACGGCAGGGGGCACGCACCACGCGCACAGGUCGUGGGGCAGCGGGUACACGAUCCUCAACGACCUCGCGGUGGCAGCCCUCCUGCUGCUGCGGGAGGGGCUCGUGUCGAGGCCGCUCGUGUGCGACCUCGACGUGCACCAGGGUGACGGCACCGCGGAGAUCCUCGCCGGAGAGCCGCGGGCCUUCACUUUCUCCGUGCACUGCAAGGAUAACUUCCCCUUUGGCUUCAAGGGCAUGAGCCACCUGGGGGCGGACCGCAGCGAUCUGGACGUGGGCCUGGCGGCAGGCACUGCGGACCAAGGAUAUUUUGGAGCGCUCGAAGCCCACCUGCCGUGCGCCCUGGACCUGCACCGGCCAGACCUGGUGCUGUACGAUGCGGGCGUCGACGUCCACGCAGACGACGGCCUCGGCAGACUCGGCGUUUCCUGGGGGGGUCUGCGCAGGCGCGAAGACGUCGUGCUGGAGGCCUGCCUCUCGCGGAAGAUCCCCAUCGUGUGCGUGAUCGGUGGCGGCUACGACCGCAGUGCGUCGCGCUUGUCCAGGCGGCACUCCGCGGUGUUCCACGCUGCGGCAGCGGCGUGGGCGCGGCACGGCCUCUAGGUGGAGCAACGCGCAACAGCGUCUCUCCUCUCCACCUGCAGGGGCCAGGUGAAGCGCGCAGGGCGGGCCACCGUCGGGUGCGCUGCACAGGUCGGGCCAGGGUGAGCUGCACAGGGCGAGCCACCGUCGGCCCCUGGGGACCAAACCAACGUGGGGAUCAAGACUGCGAGGUGGUGUUCCAGUCAGGCAGCGGAUGCCGCUAUGCCGUAAGCCAGGCGAGUCGGUUCUGAUCGCCGCAUAUGACGUGUACUCGAACCACAAGGCGCAGUCAGCAUUGUGUAAUGAAGCACAAGUGCACCAGGACAGGGUCACGGAUUCAUAGCGGAAGACGUCAGCGGGGCCCAACCACAUGUUCGAAUGUAUAGGACAGUUAUCGCGUUUGGAAUGGUGUUGCAGAUCAUCUUGCAAGUCAACACCCCAUCCGCACCAUCAUCGCAUAAUUUUGUAAUACAGCCACAGGUGAGCAACCUCAUCUCCAAUCACGUUUGAUGUCCCAGGCCUAGCAGUAUAAACCGACGUUGUUCUGAUAGCGCAUCGCAUCAGGAAUGUGCGGCAUGUCUCUGGUAUGUCUACACCUAUGCGUUUUAGUAUGAUACGGUGUGCGUUUACGUUAAG